AUGGCACUGGGGGGCUUCAAGGGCUCCUGGCUGGCCUUCCACGUGGGCAUCAUGACCGGCUUCGUCAGCACCUUCUACCUGCUCAAUGGCCUGCUCUGGCCGCAGCCCCCGGGCCCCGAGAGCCAGACGCCCCACCCUGACGUCUGGGUCGUCCAGCACCCGGCGCUCCUCAGCGCUGGCCACCCGCACCUCUCAGGGGAGGUCAGCACGACUGCGGCCGAGCUGUACAGCAAGGUGCGGAUCCUGUGCUGGGUCAUGACGGGCCCCAGCAACCUGGAGACCAAGGCCCGGCACGUCCAGGCCACGUGGGCGCGGCACUGCAAUGUGGUGCUGUUCAUGAGCUCGGUGCAGGACGACGGCUUCCCCGCCGUGGGGCUGGACACCAAGGAAGGCCGGGACCAGCUGUACUGGAAAACCAUCCGGGCCUUCCAGUACGUCCACCAGCACCACCUGGAGCAGGCCGACUGGUUCCUCAAGGCGGACGACGACACCUUCGUGGUGCUGGACAACCUGCGCUGGCUGCUGGCCAACCACACGCCUGAGGAGCCCGUCUACUUCGGGAAGCGCUUCAAGCCCUACGCCAAGCAGGGCUACAUGAGCGGCGGGGCCGGCUACGUCCUCAGCAAGGAGGCCCUGAGGCGCUUCGUGGAGGGCUUCAGGACCCAGGUGUGCAGCCACACCACCUCGGUGGAGGACCUGGCACUGGGCCAGUGCAUGGAGAAGAUGGGGGUGCGGGCGGGGGACUCCCGGGACGCCGCUGGGCGGGAGACUUUCCACCCCUUUGGGCCCGAAUCCCACCUCACCGGGAAGUUCUCCAAGAGCUUCUGGUACUGGAAAUACUGCUACUAUCCCAUCGUGGAGGGCCCCCAGUGCUGCUCCGACCUGGCCAUCUCCUUCCACUACGUGAACCCCGAGCUUAUGUACACCCUGGAGUUCCUGACCUACCACCUGCGGGCCUAUGGUUACCGCUACCGCUACCAGCCGCCCCUGCCGGAGAACGCCGCUCGCCUGCUGCAGCGCCAGGGCCGGCCGAAGGCGGCCAACACUACGCUGCUGGUGCAGGGCACCAAGAAACUGUAG